ACGUUAGUGUUAUAGUUUUUACUUAAAAAUUUUGUCAAAAUACCUCACAAGGUUUUUGUUGAAAUACCUCACUAAAAAUGUCGGCUGACGAUCAGAAAUAUAAACAGCUCUACAAUAAAAUCUACGGGACCUAUAUUGACGUUAGUAGCACUGAAAACACAGUGAGUAACUAUACAACAUUGGCAAAGGACUACGAGACCGAUUUCGUGGGACUCGGUUACGAAACGCCUCGAGUAAUUGCCCAAACUGCAUUGGAAUUAAUUCAAGACCAAAAAAAUUCAAAAUUUCUGGAUAUCGCCUGCGGAACCGGGCUCGUAGCGCAAGAGCUUCGUAAAUCUGGUUUUAAAGGUGGUAUUGAUGGAAUAGAUGGCAGCGCUGGUAUGCUAGAGUUAGCUAAGCCUAAGAAUCUGUAUAGCCAGCUAAAAGAGGCUUUCAUAUACCCUGGUAUUGACAUGCCAUUUGAAAAUAAUGCAUAUAUGGGUGUUGUGUGCUCUGGUGGAUUUGGUCCAGGCCAUUUAGACCCUAAGGUGUUGGUGGAUCUAAUUCGGGUAUGCGUUUCUGGCGGAGUUAUAGUUUUCGCGACAAGGUUUAACGCGGUGGCAGGUGAAUAUGUUUCUGCACUGAACAAAGAAAUAGAGAGACUGGAAGAGAAUGGUUUGUGGAAAAAAGUGAAAAAUUUCACGACGACUUAUUUUGAUUACGACUUUUCCAACCAAGAAGAUCCAACCAAGUCCGAGCCUCUGUUAGCUUCAAUCCACUGCUACAAAAAGAUGUAAAUGCCUUUAAAAUUCACCCAUAAUCUUAUUUUCAGCUGUAAUUUUGACAUUUUUUUAUGUUUCGGUCUGGCUUGGUUCUUUUUAGUAUUUUUGCUGUGCGUACUUUAAAAUUAUAAACUGUUAUUAGCUUUUUUAAUCCAUCAUUGGUUUUAAAAAAUCUUAUUUUUGUGUAGUUUAAUUAAGGUACCUGUCAACUGUUUCUGAGCCAACUUAAACAUUAGUGUAAAUAAUAAUUUAUUAACUUCAAUACAGCUUUAAUUAUGAUUA